UGAGCAGCCUCCCUCCCUGAUCGGGAUGCAGGAGCUGGACACAGUGCUGCCGUGACUAAGCCAGACUUCAUACCUGAGUCACCCCUGGGUGGGUGCCAAGGCUGUCAGGCAGCCUGCUGGGGUGGCAGGGCCCCCUGGCUGGGGUGGGGAGCGGUGGGUUUGAGGCGCCUCAGCCUUUCCAAGGAUGAACAGCUGUGCUUCUGGUUUAGUUUUGUUGCUGCUGCCACCAGGCAGGGUGAGUUACAGGCAGAUGGGGGUCAGGGUGUCCUGGCAGCCAGUAAUACCCAGACAGGGAAGUUAGGAAGAGAGGGCUUUGUCCGGACUCAUGUUCCACAGGCCCAGGGUCCAGGGUCCCAUCUGUCGAUGGCCGUGCAGGAAGGACUUGAAGGGUGGAGGGUCGUUGGGGUGGGCUGGGGUGUCAGUGAGCGGGGGCCCCAGAGCAGAUGUUCGAGGAGGGCAGGCUGGUGCUGUAGACGGCCCUCUGCUGUGACUUUUGCCCGGGUCACUCCUGGAGCCGGACAGGCAGAGCUGGGCUCCAGGGGAGACAGGAAAAGCCCACAGCAGAUUGGCCAGGAGCGUUCCUAGCACUGGUGAGGUCAUGGGCAGUGGCCCAGGACAGACAGCGGCCUGCCAGGGCCACUUGCAGGGGAGGGUGGCAAGAGGUGGAGACAGACCCAGGGCCAGAGCGCCCGGUGGGUGAGGCAGGGGCUCAGGGCUGGGGCGGUGCUCGCAGGACGGGUGGGCUUGUGGGACAACUGCAGGGUCGGGUGCACCCGGCCACCAGGGAGGCUGUGGGCCCCGGGUCAGGCAUCCGUGCAUUCAUGUCCAAUGGAUGACCCUGAGGAGGGGCGGCAGAGCUGCAGAGGUGACAGGACUAGAGUGAAUGUCCUCAGGUGACUGACGGAUGGCUGGGAAGGGGUGCAGAUGCGGCCUGAGGAGGCGGACACCUUGGGUCCCGAGGAAACCCAUGAGUGAAGGAGGGUGGCUGCUACCUGGGGAGCCUCGUGGGGUAGGUGGGUGGGAAGGGACGUCUCCACCGUGGGGCAUGCGCAUGGCUGAGAUGCAGGCAGGGCAGCUCCAGGGCCCUUCCACCCUUGGCCCAGCAGGGGUGACCCGUCAGUCUGCUUCAUGAGUCCCUUCCUCACCCCAGGAUGGGCUCUGGGCCACCAAGGGCUUCGCCACAGCCUCCUGAGAAGCAGUUGGCCAGGACGGGGCACCUCCUUACUGUAGGGCCCAGCCACCCACUUCUGCCCCCACGUCAACAAAAGUGUGAAAAUUUGGAGAGAGGGGUUCAGGCCUGAAGGACCCCUCCCCUGCUCUACCACCUAGACAGCCUCCUGCAGCAGCAGCCCUUGGGCAGUCAAGGCAGGACAGACUGGGGAGUCCCUGCAGCCGGGGGCCAGGACACUGCCUGGACCUGUGCUCAGUGGCAAGUGCCGGAGACAAACAUCCACAGGCCACACCCCGGAAGGUGGUGAGGCUGCCACGGGGCCUGGUGGAAACGGCUCCCACUAGAAGGCUGCCCAGGCCACAGACCUGCAAGCGGACUGGCAGGGCCCAGCCUGUCCUCCACCAAGUGCCCAGGUUCCUCCCAGGUUUAUCCCACUGCCCCAGGGACCCUGAGCCAUGCGUGUGCGCCCAUGGGGGUGAGCUCUGUCCCGGUUAGGUUCUAGAACUUCUCAGUCUGUCUUGUCCUUUUUCUCUCUUUUGAGACAGGGUCUCACUUUGUACCCCAGACUGGCCUUGAACUUGAGGUGACCCUCCUACCAGAGCCUCCCCGGUGCUGGGAUCCUAAAUCUGCACCGGCAUGCCCAUCAGCGUGUCCUGUGCUGAAGGGAGGUCCAGGGCGCUGGGGACUGGAAGGGGGCCUUGCUUGUGUGGAUGGGGGAAAGGACAGAGAGGAAGGCCAGGGCCAGGCCCAGGCCCAGACGAGGGCACCCAGCUGGACACAGGAACCUGCCCCCCAAGUGGGCCCUGCAAGGGGGUCCGUGACGAGUGCAGGGGAGUGGGGAAGGAACAGAGAGGUCCUUCACCGCACCAGGCGCAGCUGCAGGGCUGGGAAGGGACGGCCAGCCCGAGAGGGGACCUGGUCCCCGGGAGGCAGACCUCCGGGCUCAGCGCCAUCCUUCCAGGCCAAGUUCCGCCCGGCUGCACCCCUGACUCACUUCCUCCGCGGGAAUCGGAAACCUACCGAGCUUCCUCUGCUGCAGACUCUCCCUGGGGACCCGCAGGUGUCGCUGCCCCCGGGCCUGCGCUGGCCGCCAGCCCCUGACCCACCCACAGGACCCGAGAGCCCGGCACUUCCUGCUUCCUGCGUCGUCGCGGGCCGGCAGCUGUGCAGGGGACGCGGAGCUGGGAAGCGCUCGGCUGCGGGGAGGGCGAGGUGCAUGCGGAACGCCACCCACUCGCCAUGGACCGCGACCAGCAUUGCCCGGAGCCGGAGAACCCCGCGCCCCGCGCCCCGGGCCCCUACGUGAUCGCGCCCGUGCGAGCUGUGCUCCGCCUGCGCCGCCGCGUGUGCGUCCUGCGCAAGCGCCGCCUCCUGCAGCCGGGCGCGGAGUCUGACGAGGGGCCUGGGGCGCCCGGGCCAGGCUGCGGUCCCGGGGCAUCGCGCACGGACCUGGCGCAGCCCAAGUUCUUCACCUUCGACAGCCCGGCUGAGCUGGCGCCCCGGACUCCGCGCAAGAGGCGGCGGCGCAGCCGCGUGGUGCUGUACCCCGAGUCCUCGCGCAAGUGCCGGCCGCGUGCGGAGCGCCAGAGCCGCGCUCAGCGUUGCCUGCUGCUGCUCGUGGCCAUCGUGGGCUUCCAGGUGUUGAACGCCAUCGAGAACCUGGACGACAAUGCACAGCGUUAUGACCUCGAUGGGCUGGAGAAGGCGCUGCAACGCGCAGUGUUCGGGCAGCCUGCCGCCGUGAGCCGCAUCGUGGCGCUGCUGCGGGACUACCUGGCCACGCACGUGCACAGCCGCCCGCUGCUCCUGGCACUGCACGGGCCCAGUGGUGUGGGGAAGAGCCACGUGGGCCGCUUGCUGUCGCGCCACUUCCGCGCAGUGCUGGAAGACAGCGCGCUCGUGCUGCAGUACCACGCGCAGCACCACUGCCCCGAGCCGCGCGCUGCGCAGGGCUGCCGCGAGGAGCUGGCGCGCCGUGUGGCCACCGUGGUGGCGCAGGCCGAGGCCGAGGAGAAGACACCCCUUGUGGUGCUAGACGAGGCGGAGCUCCUGCCGCCGGCGCUGCUGGACGAGCUGCACGGCCUCCUGCAGCCGCAGCGCGCGCACCACUUCCACAACGCCAUCUACGUGCUGCUGAGUAACGCGGGCGGGGCUGAGGUCACGCGCUUCGUACUGCAGAACGCGUCGCGCGCACUGAACCCGGGCCCCGACGGCGCCGCGGCCGAGGAGGAGCUGCGCACCCGCCUCCACGCGUUCCUGCGGAGCCAGCACCCGCUGUGGCGCUCUGCAGCCGUCGUGCCUUUCUUGCUGCUGGACAAGCGGGAUGUGGUCAGCUGUUUCCGGGACGAGAUGGCCGGGGAGGGCUUCUUUCCUGAGCAGGCCCGCGCUGAGCAUCUGGCUGCUCAGCUUAGCUACUACCAGGUCGCCGGCCGCGAGUUCGCUGUGACAGGCUGCAAGCAGGUGGUGGCCACGGUGAACCUCUUGUAGUGCAGGUGGUGACGCUGGGAUGGGGGCUGUGACCCAGGGCCAGGGCUGGGUCACCUGAGGAGGGAGCGGGUGGAAGUGGCUCAGCUCCAAGUGCCCACUUCUGCCCCCACCCUACAGCUCCCGGAGCGUUCCUGGGGCCACGGACAGCUAGCCACCGUCCCAUCUUUGACCCUGUCCAGGACUCCUGUGACCGAUUCCUGCUGCCUCAGGAGGUGGGCAGCCUGCUUCCGUGGUAGGAAUGACUCCACAGGCCCAGCAGCCCCCAGGAUCGCACAGCUGGUCCCUAGGGUCACAGGGCCAGGGUAGAGGGCUUGCUGCAGCUUCCCCUAUCCAGUGGCCGGAGGUCCAGGGACUCCCUGGAGGGCAGUGGGGAGGGUGGAUGUCUCCAGCCACACAGUGGGUGCCGGGAGAGCUCUGGAAGGGGAAGUAGGUUGACAGUGAUAGUGGGCCUGAGUGGGGGGGCCCGACCUUGGAUCCGCCUGCUGCUCCCUGGCCCCUCGCCCUGGAGAUGGCCCCAGUAGGGUCACAGCCCUAAAGGCUGUUGUGGCAGUGGCCAAGCCCUGUCUGCAGCAUUGCCAGGAGCGCGAGGCUGAUGUGCUGGGCUGUGGGGCUGUGGGGCUGUGGGGCCUGGACCAGUGCACAGCGGUUGGUGCAGCUGCACAUCUGUCUCCAGUGCCCAUGGCCUUUGAUGCCCAAGAUGCCCCCCGACGGUCCCCAGGGUGCUCACACUGUCCCUGGGGAGCCUUUCUGGCUCGGGCUUUAGAGAAGAGCUGCUUGGAGCUGGUUCUUGGGUGGCCUUGGUGCUGUGACUCACCUUUUGGCUGCAGUGCUCAGCUUCACCCCGCCCUGCAGGAGUGCAUGACAGGUGUGCUGACACUGAUGAGGACGCAGACCUGGUGGGGUGAGGGAAGGGGCCUGGUGGUGGCAGUGCCCCCUGAGAUUGAAGCCUGAGCUGUGUGCAUGGUGUCCCUGGUGUGAGCCCCCCCUUCCUGGAACUAGCAAAGCCAGUGUCCCCUGGGGAGCUCACUCUCCAGUGCCCUCAGGGCCCUGUGAACACGGCCCCAGCCAGCCCUCCUUGCAUGUGAGGGAUCUGGGUCCAUGUCCCUGGGCAGAGUGAGCAGUCACCUGGCUGAGCCCAGCACAGCCCCUGGCCUGGGAAGGGUCAGGAUCCUCCACCCUUGGGGCCCUGGUUGCAGGUUGGGGGUGGGGGUAGAAAUCUUUGCCCUUUGGGCCAGGCCCAACCUCUCCCAGCCCAUGGUGCUGGGCAUCAGCUCUGCACCCCAGUGGCUUUGAGUUGAUGCUGCAGGGUGUGAUGUUGAGGGCCUCACCACCCCCCAGAAGGGCCCCCAGGACUGCCCUGCCCUGCCCAGCACUGGCCUGGAGGUAUCACCUGGCGGGCAGGCAGGAUGUGUGUUCUCCAUGAAGCCAACAGCACCCAUGAGUGUCUGCUGAGACUUGUGGGAUUUUAUUUAUUUCUAGACUGUUUUAGCGAAGUCGAUUUCUGUGCUUAAGAGAAAUGUGCACUUGGCACAGUGAGCUGAUUGUAUCACACUUGUUAAUAAAUCAUGUGGCUCAAAUUCAA